AUGUCUAGUACAAAGCUGAAUGGAAGUAGUGAUAGUGGCUGUCAGGUGGUCACUAACUGCCAAGAGAAAAUCCAGCAUUGGAAGAAGGUAGAUGAUGACUAUAAUGCUCUUCAAGAAAGACUCAGUACUUUGCCUGAUAAGCUCUCUUAUAAUAUCAUGGUACCAUUUGGCCCCUUUGCCUUCAUGCCAGGAAAACUUGUGCAUACCAAUGAAGUGACUGUUUUACUUGGGGACAACUGGUUUGCAAAGUGCUCCGCAAAGCAGGCUGUAGGUUUAGUUGAGCAUCGGAAGGAACAUAUAAGAAAAACAAUAGAUGAUUUAAAAAAAGUGAUGAAAAAUUUUGAAUCCAGAGUUGAAUUCACAGAAGAUUUGCAGAAAAUGAGUGAUGCUGCAGGUGAUAUUGUUGACAUAAGGGAAGAAAUUAAAAGUGACUUCGAAUUUAAAGGAAAACAACGAAUUGCUCAUAAACCUCAUUCUAAACCAAAAACUUCAGGUAUUUUUGAAGCAGAUUUUGUCAGUGAUGUGAAAUCCAAGGAUUUUCUUGCUGAUAAGGAACUGUGGGCUAGACUUGAAGAACUAGAGAGACAAGAAGAAUUGCUGGGUGAACUUGACAGUAAACCUGAUACUGUGAUUACAAAUGGAGAAGACACAACCUCUUCUGAAGAGGAGAGAGAAGAUCAAAACACAAACAUGAAUGUGAUGCAGCCAGUAACAGACUCCCUUGCUCCCAGCGCUUGCCCUAAGGGUGUCGUAAAUUCAGAACUGUUCAGAGGUCACGUGAAUAGUAAAUUGAACUGUUCAGGGAAUGGUUCAGAUUCUUACCGCAGCGAUGAAGAUGAUGAUGAAGAAGAAGAUGAUGAUGGUGGUAGUGAUAAUGAAAAUGACCAUGAUGCUUCCGGGGCUGCAGAUAAUUCUGUACCAACAAUAUACUUUUCUCAUACUGUUGAACCUAAGAGGGUUCGAAUAAAUACUGGGAAAAAUACUACUUUAAAAUUCAGUGAAAAGAAAGAAGAGGCCAAACGUAAACGAAAAAACAGCUCUGGCAGUGGUCAAUCUGCCCAUGAGCUGCCUACAAUCAGAACUCCGGCUGACAUUUACAGGGUUUUUGUUGAUGUUGUGAAUGGAGAAUAUGUCCCUCGUAAAUCAAUUCUCAAGUCUCGAAGCAGAGAGAACAGUGUUUGCAGUGAUACCAGUGAAAGCAGUGCUACUGAAUUUGAUGAAAGGCGGGGAGUUUUGAGGAGUAUCAGCUGUGAAGAAGCCACUUGCAGUGACACCAGUGGGAGCAUUUUGGAAGAGGAGCCACAAGAAGAAAAUCCUCAAAAGAAACUGUUGCCCUCGUUGGGAGCACCUGAGGCUUUUUCUGGAACUGUAAUAGAAAAAGAAUUUUUAUCAUCCUCCUUAACACCACACCCAGCCAUUGCUCAUCCUGUACUACCCACCAUUCCGGAGAGAAAAGAAAUUCUGUCAGAAGCAGCGGAGGAAACUGCAAAAAGGGUUUCAAAGUUCAAAGCUGCCAGAUUGCAACAAAAAAGCUAGGAAAUGAGAGUUUACAUCCUAAAACCUAGUUGUGCAUUUUUAGAAUAUACAUAGCAAAAUAUGUUACAUGUAGUGUGAAAUAAGGCAUCCUGAGUUAGUUUGGCAGAAACUUUUUUAUCCUAAUAAGUGAGUGGUUCUAAAAAAGUUCAAAGUAAAUGUUUGAAUACUUUAAUAUUAAGCGUGUUUGUUAAUUCUCUCAGUAUUGUCUGAGUUGGUCUUAUGAUGCAGUGGUAGCAUUUCAAAUUAUUUUUCAAAGAAUACUGUUCAUAUGCAUUGUUUUUGUGUUUCAACCUAAAUACAAGCAGUUUUGUACCAGCUGUGAUGUUGUGCAUACCAUAUGGACCAUUUUAAAGAAACUUUUAAAAUUUCAGUGGAUUCAACAAUUAUAUUACUUGCUUUCGCAUUUUAAAGGCACUUUAAAAAAAUCUACUUCCCUUAUAGGUUUUGCAGUUAGAUGGCUAUUUAAAAAAACCUCUCCCCUUUGGAUGUAAUACUGUAAUCUUUAAGGCAGAAAACUACAUGUGCCCUAUGGGAAGGUCUCUUUGAUUGGAAGAAUAUUUUGUAAAAACAUUUUUUUCAAGUAAAAAUUUUAUGAAACUUGGCCUCUAAAUUAUUGUGGAUUUUAUGAUUUAGAAUUGAGCAUAGAAAUGUCUUUGAAUCAUAUAUAUAUGCUACAUCUACCUCACAACAGAUCGUUAGAUUCUUAAAUUCCAUAGUCACUUCUUGUGUGUAUAGUUUUCACUGGGACAGAAGGAAAAUUUGUUUAGAUGCUAAAAAAGUAGAUUUUAAAAUAAAAAUUUC